AUGGAUCGAUAUCCCGGAGGAGAUGAGAACAUACCCCACAUACUGAACGGAACUGUCUCCAAUCUGCCGAAUAUGAAGUGUACUCUCAUUUGUUUCGAGGAAGAACCAAUGAAUCCCGUUGGAUGUAUUUAUUGUAAACAAUUGGCUGGAUGUCACAAUGACUGCGCUCGAAGCGGCGCUUUGGAGUCAGCAGCUGGAAGACAAUCGAGAAGACCGAAGAUUGGUGCUAGUAAGGGUUCCACCUCGAUCAUAACCGCUACGUUCUACCGCACCGCUUCGAGCGCUGCGGCUUACGCAGCUGUGUCAAGCUUCACUGCGGACAGUUACUGUAUAUUCUUUGGAAACGAUCAGGCUUUUAGAACAGAACGAGAUAUGGGGAUUGGAAGUGUGAAAAUGCCUCCGCCGUUUGCUGUGGAGAUGUCCGUAGUGUUUAAUAACCGAGUAGUCGGAAUGAAGGUAGAAUUGGUGAGUAGGGAGAUGAUUUGUGGACCUCCGAACAUCUUCAAAAAAUCGUGGGACUCCUGUUGUUUUUACGAACUCAAACGUUUUUGGUUCAGCCAGCCAAGGUUGUCAUUUGAGAUAGGUUCCUCCAAGAAGUCGAAAACAAAACAAAGAAAGAGUGCUGAAUGGGGUUCCUGCGCGAUUUGCCUCGACGACGAACCAGUCGAUCCGGUCGGAUGUGUCUAUUGCAGGCAACUGGUUGGAUGUCGUAGCUGCGCCAAUCGCUGGUACAAUGCAGGCCACCUUCUGCCGAGUCCUCGUGAGCGUUCUACUGUAAAUAGACCUCCAACGAAUAAUGAACGUUGUCCUUUGUGUCGUCAUGAGUGGAGCGUGCACCCAGAGGUAAAAGAAAUGCAUCGUCUCAAGAAUAGCCAGGAUCAAAAGAAGAACAAGAAGAAUAAGUAG